AUUAUAGUCGAUCAUGGAAAUCAAAAACCAGGAAGAGAAGGAGAAGAAAGAUUCGGUUUUAUCCCAAUUUCAUGGGAUUCCAUCAAUUCAACUUCCAAGCAAUUUGCUGAGCAUCCAUGAGUAUGGAAAAUUUGUUCGGGCUUUAUGCUCUUUACCGAUAAAAGCGUCUUUCUUUGAUCCGAUCGGUCCGAUCUAGGAUGACAUUCUCUACUGGGAGGAUUCACUUCAAUCCUCUUCGAUCCUAGAACCUGACAAUCAGAUGAAUCGUAUUCUCGCCGGGAACAAGGAAUCGGUUUCAUCCCGAUCGAUUGGGGAACCUGUCAAGGAGAUAAAGAGUGUUAUCCUGGGGGACUGUGAUUCACAUUUCUUCUGUCUUCCCAGCUUGGUCCCUUGGCAGAGCCAUUGGAGUUGAGGCUCAGCAGAAAAAGACCAAUUCCUUUAUUUGACUUGUGUUGGGAUCAAUACUAUGAGUAUAGACAUCACUGAAAUGAGAUCUGCUGCAACCUCUGGCUGCAGAAUCUCCAACCUGGCCAUGUCGCCUACCUUGUUUCAGUUCCCUCAGAGAAGUUGCAAUGUCUAUCUUACCUUUUCUUUUAAUUUCCCUUUUUUCCUAGGGCUUUACAUUGUUGAUGAAAGAACAUUAAACAAAUAAGAAUUUAAAUUAUUAGAAAGUAUUCAUAACUUAACUAAUUCAUGUCUCUGCUCUGUUUUGGUUUCUUGUCAAGAAAAUGAAAAAUUGGAAGCUAGUUGAAUAUCCUAUUGCAGGAGAAAUUUUGUAGAUUGAUUGUAUGAGGACAUCCUGUUGCAGUUAUUGCUGAGAGGGUGUGUCUUUUGCUGCUGUUUAUAGAGAGGAAUGGGAUCUCCAGCAGAGCAUUACUCAUGGAGAAUUGAAACAAACGUUCCUCUUGCUCACCCUUUCAAUGUGAGUCCUCUUACUUCCUAUAAAUCAUUUGAACUUUUAUUAGGAAAAUUAACUUCAAACGAACAGAAAACAUUUCUCUGAGGAGCAGCUGGAAAAUCUCAAGUUUUUCAUCCGAAAGUAUCCGAAGGGACCCAAGUCACCUGUUCGUGAAUUAGAUAUGAAGGCCCCAAUAAGGAAACAGUUGGCCAAUAUUGUUAUCGUGGAAUAUCCUGUAAUUCAUGUUUUUCUCCCUUCACAU